UUGCUUCCAAUCAUUCCAAGCAUGACAAGCCUCACUGUGCUUUGUGUUUCUCUUUGCACACUUUGCAUUUUGCAAAGGAGUAUCUUAGUUCAUGGGGACCUUGACACGGAUGACCAUGAAUCUGAACCGUUGAAAAGGACGGUUAGAGAGGUCAAUGCCCCAGCUGCUGUGGACUGUAAAAUGAGCCCCUGGACAGAGUGGAGUGAAUGUGAUCCAUGUUCGGAAAAAAUGUUUCGUUCAAGGAGUAUUGAAACAUUUGGACAGUUUAACGGGCUGGUCUGUAAUCAGCCAAUAGGAGACAGUAAAUCCUGCAAAACUCAAGCUGUGUGUGAUCACGAGGAGCCCCAGUGUGCAAAAACAUAUUUUUUGUGUGAUUCAGGUCGCUGUAUUAAAAAGAGACUGGAGUGUAAUGGAGAUAAUGAUUGUGGAGAUAAUUCUGAUGAGAACUGUGAUGAGGAACCAAAGAGGCCUCCUUGUCAGAACCAUGAUAUUGAAGUCUCCGAGCUAGGAAGAACAGCAGGAUAUGGCAUCAAUGUACUUGGAAUGGAGCCCAGAAGUAAUCCUUUUGACAAUGAAUACUAUAAUGGGAUUUGUGACAGAGUUCGAGAUGGAAAUACCAAACAGUAUUAUCGCAAACCUUGGAAUGUUGCAACUCUAUUAUAUAAUACAUUUACAGAUGAAUCAUUCUCAAAAGAGGUAUAUGAAAGUUCAGAUUCUCUGGUCAAAGAGAUCUUGACGGAGAAUUCUCUUAAAUUUCAAGUGGGGAUGUCAUUCAAGAUCAUGCCAACAGAAUGUAAUGUCACUUCUAACAUCAAGUUGGAUGUCAAUUUCGAAAGGACUGAAAAAUUGAACACAUUAAAUGAAUACUCUCUUAGUAAGACAAUAUCCUUUUUGCGUGUGAAAGGUAGGAUUCAGCUGGGUACUUUCAAAAUGCGGAGCAGGGACCUUAUGCUUACAGAUACAUUCAUGGAAGACUUAAAAUUUCUACCAGUAAAGUAUGAGAAAGGGGAAUACUUCAGGUUUUUUGAGGACUAUGGUACUCACUUUGCUGAUUCUGGGAAAGUAGGAGGCCAAUACGAUCUUGUCUUUGUGAUAAAUAAACAGGAAUUAAAACAACAAAAUAAGGAAAUGGAAGAAGUCCAAAACUGCCUUGGAUUUAAUUUUGGAAUGGACAUUAAUGCAAAUGACAUGAGUACAUUUGCAACUAGUAUUAAACCCAAUUUCUGCAAGAAAACUAAAGAUGGAACAACUGAUCAAAAGUCUACUAAUGAUUUGAUUAAGAGCACUCUUUCCUUUGUCCAUGGAGGGACUGCUACAAAUGCUGCUUCCAUCAGACAGCACAUUAAAGAGGAGGGUGUGGCAGAUCUAACUUCCUAUGUAGAGUGGGCUGCAUCAUUAUCUGAUGCUCCUGUUCUGAUUGACACUACACCAACUCCAAUAUAUACUUUAGUGCCAGUGACAAUGCAACAUGCCAACGAAAAGAAAGAAAAUAUGGAGAGAGCCCUUAAUGAUUACAUAGCGGAUCCUCAGUUCACACCAGCGUUUCACGUUCGAUUUGCAGAUGCUUUUCAAAGUACCACCCCAGAAGGAAACUGGGGUUGCUGGUCUGCCUGGUCUCAGUGUAGGAGCGGUAAGCAUACCCGCACUCGAAAGUGCAACACAGAGGAGUCAGGGGGCACUUGCAAAGGGGACACUUCCAGCAGUGACUACUGCUAGGAGGCAUCUGUACAAGGCAUGAUCACCAGCAAGUAACAACAAGUUGGAGAGAUAAAACUGAAGCUUUUACAAUCUAAGAUCUUGUAAAUUAACUUUGAAAUAAAAAAAAUAAAGGUCAGACCCUUGCCAUCUCAGUUGUCUAUAAAAAUAAUUUCUUAAUGUAUUGUAUGCAUCCCUUUUAAUAAAAAUAUAAAACAAAA